ACUGAAAAUCAUGGCCACUCCACAAUCAAUCACCGACCUCUUCGCUCGACUCGCUUUUCACCUUCAAUUACCGAUCAGCGAACGCGAAAACGAAGAGGAAGCUCUCAAUCUCGCAAUUUCGAAGCUAAAUCAAUCUUUGAACCUCAACGAAAACCACGAUUCUAGGGUUAGGGUUAUGGAUACCGCUCUCUCCCUUAUGUGCUUCAAGGCACCCCAGGUUUUUGAUUCGGUGAUUGAGUAUUUGGUGAAGACGAUCGUCAGCGUUUUAUCUUCUUCGGUUAAUUGCAAAGUUUUUCUGCUUCAAAACCAAGAGUUUUUGCUUAUAGGUAGCGCGAGCUUGGGUCAAAAUAGCGUGGAAUUGGUUGAAAUGUGUAACAAUGUUUAUGCACAACUAGAGGGAAAAGGGGUGUUUUCUCAUUUGCUUUUACGUGCUGUUGUAAGGGGAACAGUUUUGGCAUCUCGCUAUCAGUAUUCAUACCCAUUUGUACCUAUUCUUGAUGUAAAAUCAAUUGAAGGAAGAAGCGCUGCUGUUUCAAAGUUGCACUGUCAUUUACCCACAGAACUGUCCCUUGAAAAUGAAGAGUUACCAUUGAGGUUGCUAUUCUGGUAUCUUGACCCACUAAUUCUAAAGCAAGCUAUCUCAAAGAUAUUAGAAGAUACCACAGGCAGGCCUUUCAUUUGUUUGAGUGAGGAAUUUCACCAGAGAAUAGAUUGGCGCUCUAUCAUUAUAUGCUUGGUGCUUUCCCCUGUUAUGUUUAUUGAGACCAGAGCUCUAUUGCACAGCUGGUUUCUCAAGACGGGUCUGGCUUCUGUACUUCAGCUUCUGGUUGGAUUAGUGUCAGCAGUACUUGAUGUGAUUUCCAGACCAACAUGGUGGGGCAUAUCCAUGGAAUUGGGAUCUAAGCUGCCAUUUUCCUGUGCAUAUUUCCCCAACAAGAACCAUUUGUUGAGGAUUUUAGCUGGAACCUUCUCUGCUGAAAAUUUUCUGCAUUUAGUUCAUGCCACAAGUGAACUCGUUUCUCUUGGUAAGGAACAACUACAUCCAGCCGUCAAGCCAAAAUCAAUGGACGUUACAAGCAUUGAUCACAAAUCUCUCUGGGCUUUGGCUGUAGACUUCCCAGAUUGGUUCUAUUUUGCUUCUUGUCUACUUUUCCCUGAGAAUAGUCUCCGAAAAGAAUUUCAUUUAAAGUGCACAUUUGCAGCAUCUAAAGUUGGAGAAACACAUGAUAAGGAGUUGUUAUCUAUAUCUGCAGCAAGGUAUAUUUCAUGGAUUCUGAGCCCCGUUAGUAAAUCUAAUCAGGAUUUGCUAGUUGAUUUUUUGACUAAAAUAUCAGAGUCUUGGGCUCUGAAACAAUAUGACUCAGUUAUGCACAACAAAGAAGCAGCUGCCUGCAAGAAGAAAUGUAAGAAACCAAAACUUUAUGAUAAAAGGGAGCAUUAUUCUCUGGCAAACGAGUAUGAUUGUCAAAAGAUGGGAAUCUGGCUCAAUGAAAUUGAAAACAUAUACCUUCAGUAUGCUAAUAAAACUGUCAACAGUUCUGCAUCUGCUGAUUCAAAUGCAUCCCAUGGUAGCACACAGCAAAAUGUGCUUUUGAGGAGAAUCCCUUUAGGCAUCUUGAUUGGGUGCCCCAAUUGUAUAACCGAGGAUGCAUGUGCACUGCUGCUGCACUAUGCAGCAACUGGUAAUAUACUUCGGCCAAGGGAAACUGUGACAUCUGGAUUAAGACACGUAAAACAGAAGUCUGAAAGGCAGGACUUAACUAUAUGGAUGGGCAAAUGUAGUAAAAGAGAUGUUUUAGCUGGUGCCUGUCUUGUUUUUACUUUGACAGAUGCUGUAGAUAGUAUAUCUGCUUCAUUGUUCGAUACUGAAGAUAGUGAGUUAGAAUAUAUUUACCAGGUGAAAGUAAAGGCUGGUAAGUAUUUGAUGAAGUGCAUCAAGAGGCUAAGCCAGCUCAACAUUGACAAAGAUGAAGUUUUGACGUUAAGGGAUCUACGUAGUAGAUUGGGGCGAUGGAGGCAUCAAGGGCAAGAAACGUUACAAGUUCAGAAUGAUAUAGAUGAUGUCAUCAAUGACUUGAGUCAGAAAUUAUCUUCAUUAUGAGGAGAUUUUGUAAAGGAGAACUGACAUAUUGUUCUUGCCCCCUUACACCUUCUUCCCUCCCAUUUCCAUCUUUUCAUUUUAAGGGGAAGCUCUUCUGUCAGCUUGAGUUUUACCAUCAUUCUGGUGUACAAGGGGAGAGAUUUAUCAAUGUUGUGAAAAGAAAUUGUAAACAAACGAUUGGAUUGUGUUUUCUUUUACAUAGUUGUGAAUAUGGCAUAGCCUUCUUGCAGCAA